AUGGCUCUAUUCACUCCACUUCAAAUCGGUGAUUUCGCAAUAAAGAAUCGGAUUACUAUGGCAGCUUUCGCCAGAAACCGUGCGAAGGACACAUACCCAACGGAGCUCAUGAAAGAAUAUUACAUUCAGCGAGCUAAGGGUGGAGCAGGUCUCAUCGUUACUGAAGCUAUUCUGGUGUCCCGGCAAGGAACUGAAUGGCCUUAUUCUCCGGGACUUUGGGAGGAUAAACAUGUUAAGCUUUGGACCGGGAUUGUAGAUGCUGUUCAUCAAGCGCGAGGGUUAAUUUAUGGACAGCUUUGGCAUGCUGGAAGAGUAAGUCAUCCGGAUGCUGAACAGCAGAAGCUUGCAGGAAUUCCGGUAUAUGCACCAUCUGCAAUUGCUGCACGAGGUGGCAAGUUUAAAGAGCUUCCUGGAUGCCCAGGUUACGUCGUGCCUACAGCUAUUGAAAAUCCUUGGGAAAUAGUAGAGGAGUUUAGACAAGCCGCUAUCAAUGCGAAAAGAGCAGGAUUCGACGGCGUUGAGUUGCAUGGUUCUAACGGUUACAUAAUUCAACAAUUCCUUGAUAGUACCAGUAAUCGCCGAAGUGACGAAUGGGGAGGCAGUAUAGAAAAUCGUUCAAGGUUUGCACUCGAAGUCCUGAAAGUCAUGAUCGAAUCCUUUGGCAAGAAUGUAGCCGUCAAACUCAGUCCUGCUGGUGGUGAUAACGACAUGGGCAUGCCUCUCCAAGAAACCCUUGAUACAUACUCAUACUUCAUUUCUGAGGCCGAUAAACUAGGCAUCAGCUAUAUAUGUCUGGUUCGAUAUCAAGACGCGUAUGAUGUUCAGUACGAUGGAAUUUCACGUUCGACACGUCAUGAUGUUCUUGAAUCAUACGCUCAUUUGGUCAAGAACGCAAAAGUUAUCAUCAAUGCCUGCGUAACUCCAGAAGAAGGCGAGCUGCUCGUAGCGUCUAAAAAGGCAGACGCUAUCGCCAUUGGCUUCAAUUGGGUGACCCAUCCUGAUCUGGCGAAUCGCGUUUUGCAUGGUAAACCACUCGACAAUGUACUUGAUAUGGCCCAUUUACAAACAAACCGGAGCCCGGAGGAUUGGAGUACGGGGUAUACAGAUUACCCGUGUGCGACAGAUUCAAAUUGA